GUGGGUAGAGAAGAUGAGGGCUGAUGGCAAACGUGACUGCCUUUUUCUUUGUGGUAACCUGCCUUGUUGGUAUAAAACCAGGAAGUUUUGAGAGGUUUGGUCAGAGAAGGGGUGUGCGUUGGAGAGCUUGCAGCUAAGAGAGACACAGAGACGAAGAGAUACAGAGAGAAACAGAGAGAGAUAGAGAGAGAAAGUGUAAAGAGAUUUGAUAUUCUCUGUCUCAAUCUACCUCCAGCACCAAGGAGAGCGACUGACAAGUAUUCCCAGCACUUGAUCAAAUCUCUGACUUGGAUCCGAAGCGAUGGUGAUCAGAUUGAGUUCCCAUUUGGUGACAAUGUUGGCUCUGCUCAAUGUGUUCUGUUCCCGGGGAUCUGGCCUCCCGGCUCUCGGAAACUACUCAAAUUUACGUUUGGGGAACACAGUGUCACUUGAUGGACAGAGCGAAGAUGAUCCAUCACAGUUUCGCAUGAAACAAGAAAGCGAUAUUUAUCCAGGAAGCUUGACUGCAAAUGACAAACUCUAUUACCAACUAUUGCAAGGAGUACCAAGGACAACACGCCACGCUGACGGUCUCUUCACCAGUGGUUACAGUAAACUCCUGGGCCAGCAGUCUGCUAGGAAAUAUUUGGAGUCCCUGAUGGGAAAACGAGUCAGCACUCUGGACGAACAGGAACCUGUGAAACGUCACUCAGAUGCCCUCUUCACUGACAACUACAGCCGCAUCCGAAAGCAGAUGGCCGUGAAGAAAUACCUCAACAGCAUGCUGGCCGGGAAGAGAAGCCAGGAAGAGCUAAACACUGCCGACCUGCCAGAUGCCCCUCAAUAUGAUGAGAACAUUGAGAACCUGGCGGUGGAUGAACUUUUGAACCGUCUUCCAUCUUUGAGUCGUUGAGGAUCACCCACACCAAAAUCGCCUCCCCUUCCCCCAACAUCUGCACCCCUACCCCACCCCUGAUGUGGUGAAACUGAAGACCACGGGAAACAGGACAUCAGCUUUGAUUUGCCGUUAAGUAACUCGGAAGUGGGAACUUUUCGCCGUACGUAAAAUCUCCCACAAGAGAAGUGAAAACCCUUGGUGACAAUUCUUAUCUCCUCUCCCUGCCGACGAGAACUAACUACACAAUGUAGAUAACAUUCUUCUUGUGUAUGUGUGUAUCUCAUCUAAUAGUUGUAUCUAUAUCUAUAUAUAUAUAUACGUAUAUAAGAAUAUGGACGUUAGUCUGAGAGAGACUGAUAUAUCGGGCUAAAGCAUGCAAUGUUCCUUAAUAAUGCGCUCCUCGGCCUAAUUAGCACAAGAAACACAUUGUGAAGCAUACAGCACAGAAGGAGGCCAUUCAGCCAUUUGUGCCUAUGCUGGCUCUCGGUUAGAGCAAUCCGUUCAGUCCCACUCUACUCCCCUGUUGUUCCCUCUCUCCCCCUCCUCCCACCACUCCCCCACACUGAUAUCCUUUUCAGAUCCUUGUCCAGUUUCCCCUUUAGAAGCUAUUACCGAUUCACUACAACCAUUCUUUUGGAGUUUGACAUUCCACGUCCUAAUAAGCCUCCGUGAGCGUGUGGUGUGCGAAAAAACAUUUCCAACAACAACAACAAUGACAACAACAACUUGUAUUUAGACAGCGGCCUUCGUGCAGCGCCAUUUGUUGGUUUGGUGCCGUUUUUAAAUCCAACUAACAGACAGCUGGGCCAAAUGGCCUUCUUCUGUGCUGGAAAUUUCUAUGGUUCUGAUGCCCUCUUGAUGACUGACUCACUGUUCAGUGAAAAUAUCUUCACCCCUGUUUAACUUAUCGACUCCCCCAUUCCCCCACCCGCCCACCACCAACGUUCUGAACAGGUUGCAAACUUUAGCCCGUCCUGCCUGAAAUGUCUAUACACUGUCUCUAUUUAAUAAAUGUAUUGGACUGCAGCAAAGCAGAAGGCCGGAUCAUAUUACAUUGUACCCAUGUGUAAGCAUCGCCUCUCUAUGUGUUCAGCGCUCUGGUUUUCAACCCAGUAUUGUUUGUCUUGUUUUCCUCUCGAUCAUAAACUUUGGUUCAAUAAUAA